AUCGGCAAUGAAGGGGAAGAUGAAGAGGAGUUGGUGCUGAGAGAAAUCUAUGCCACGCUGAGGUGGGAUGUUACGUGGCAUCCACCUCAUCAAAUGUCAAUGCCACGUAAGAUUAAUUGUCCAUCUCGAAUAACUUUAACGGAAGAGGGACAUCUUUCAACUCAUCAAAUGUCAAUGUCAAGUAAGAUUAAUUGUCCAUUUCGGAUAACUUUAACGGACGAGGGGCAUCUUUGAUCCCAUAAUGUAACAGCAAGGGUAUAUUUAGACCCAAAGUAUUGUAAGAUUAAUUAUCCAUUUCGGAUAAUUUUAACGGACGAGGGGCAUCUUUGAUCCAUAAUGUAACAGCAAAGAUAUAUUUAGACCCAAAGUAUAACGAAGGGUAUAUUCGAUCCUUUUCCAAUUGUACAGGGUAUAUUUGGCUCUUUUCCGAAAAUUAAAUGCCAGUGCGUUUGAAGGACAAUCGCGCAAAUGACCCCUAGUCUAUUACUCAAUGUAAUAGUAGUUCAAAAGCCAUCAUUUUUUUCAAAUAUUAUCUCCUUUCAAUCCCCAUUUAUAACCUUGUAACUGUAAUCUGAUUUCAAUCAUCUGACACACUUGAUUCCCUCUUUAACAUAUAUGCCCUACACACUGUACAUCUAUAUAUAUAUAUAUUGCUGUAUUAUGUUUUAUAGCUGCGCUUUGUAUCAUACCUAGCAUUUUCCGCCGAUCUUGUCUCCAUUUGAGAUUUUAGGGUUGUUUAUUGGUGGAUAUAUCCCUUUUGAGGUAAUUGGGUGACUAUUUUGAGUAUACGCCAUGGCCUUGAAUCAAAAGGAACGAUCCUUAACUGGGAUAGAGUUCGAUAGAGAGUGUUUCAUAGAUGGAUGUGAAGUUGGAAUGUCCGUUAAGGAGUGUGAUGUUGUACUAGCUGAUUUGUUGUCGCGGGAUCUCACAAGUAUCUUAGGGGAUUUAGGGUUUAAGGCGGACGGGACUGAGGUUUCAGGACUCUUUCGGGAGCUUGAUUUUGGGUUAAAUAAUCUUGGGUUUGAGGCAGACAAGGCUGAGGUUUCAGCAUUGUUUCCGGGACUUGAUUUUGGAUUAAAUACUGGCACAAUGAGAAUUCAUCAGGAUGGAAAUUGUGAGUUGUUCAGGAUGAAUUUCAAGGAGGGAUUGGACGGUGGCCAUGGUCUCGAGGAUGACAAGGCGGAUGGAGGUGAUCCUUCAGAUGCGUUGUUGCUGGCCCUAGGUUAUUUAAGGUCGAGGGACCUUCUUGCAGUUGAAAGGGUAUGCAAGUCUUUACGUGAUGCUGUUCGAGGAGAUCCACUUUUAUGGGAAAGCAUUCACAUAGAACAAAGCUUUAGUAAUAAUAUCACAGAUGAUAUUCUUAUAAAGCUGACAAAUAGGGCUCAAGGCCGUCUUCAUUCUCUCAGUCUCUAUCGCUUGUCAGAGAUCACUGAUGUUGGUCUAAUGCAUGUACUUGAGAGGAAUCCCAGCCUGACAAAGUUGAGUGUCCCAGGAUGUAUGAGACUCACCGCAGAUGGUAUUCUCUCUAACUUAAAAGUCUUGAAGACUGCUGGAAAAAUCAGACUUAAAUAUUUAGGAAUUUAUGGAUUGUUUGGUGUAACAAGUCAGCACUUGGAAGAGUUCAAGCUCUUAAUAGGUGUAGAUAAUAGUAAGCUGCCAACUACUCGUAAGCCACGGUUUUUUGGCAGUGACCAAUUGCGGGUCACUUCUGAUGAUCAUGCUGUGGACAUUGAAGUUUGCCCAAAAUGCCAGAAGCUUGAACUAGUUUAUGAUUGCCCUUCAGAGAGUUGCCAAAAGAAGCAAUCUUCCACUCAGUUGUGCAGGGCUUGUACUACAUGCAUUGCACGUUGUAUCAAUUGUGGAUGUUGCUUAAGUGGCUACUUGCUUUGUUUAGAUUGCUGGAGACAACCCUUGGUUGCCAAGAGAGGAAGCAGAAAAUGACCUUUUUGUCUGAAACUGUUCACAAUCAGGGGAGUUGACAUUUCUACCGCUAUGGCUAGGAUGCAUAAUGUUUGUUUCUUUUUUUGGCUGUGGGAAAGCUUUGGGAUCAUAGAGUGCCUUUGAGUAUCAGAUGUAAAUUGAAGUCCUUUGGAAUCUGAUUAUUGUCAAAUUGCAAGGAAGCAUGGCAGACAAGAAGCUGAUAUCCCGCAUGGAAGGUUUUGAUAGCCUUAUGCUAUUUGUAUGCUGUGUAAUGAUUUUGUUUUUUGAAUAAACCAGAGCAAAUAUAUUUUUUUAUCAAAACUAUCAGAUACCUAAUAGUGAAAUUGAUAUAAGCAUAAAAAUUAGAUGCUUCAAAUGAACCAAACCAUUCCUUGUUUACUUAUUAUAAUACUCUUUCUGUUUAA